CUGCACUUGUACCCGACUCUCCAGCAAAUAUGCCGCGUCGAGCGCGUCCGUCGAAUCGAGCACCCUCAAAGUCGAAAACACCUGCAUCGUCGGUGAGCGCGUCACCUAUACGGCCGACCGCGUCAUCACGCUCUCCAUGGAACCCACAACACACGAAACAAGCGCGUCCAAAAGCUGUGAACUUUUUCGAAUCGAAGAGGGAUGGCGGUGUACUAAGUGGUCACAAUGGUAAGGAAAGCCAGGAGGAAGAAUCCGAUACCUUUGGGAAUGAGGAUGAUGAAUCAUACGAGUCUACGUCGUCGUCGUCAUCAGAUCCAGGGGACAGUGAGGAUGAUAGUGGAUCGGAGGGAGAGGAGGAGGAGGAAGAAGAAGAGGAUGCAGAUGCAGAUGCACCACGAAUAUCUCAAUGGGUCGAUGAUGAGAUGAUAGAUGGUACCGGUAUCUCUGGAGGAGAGUCUGACUCGGAAGGAACCCAUAAGGCUAAGGCGAAUGUGCAAAUGCGGUCUCUCCAGGAUGAUUUGUCGACGUUUCCGUUGGGAGUACUACGCAAAGCACAACAUUCACUAGGCCAAGCUCAAGCACUCGGUGAUUCAGACUCUACCGUGUCUACUUCAGAAGGCGAGGAAAGCGAUAUCGAUGACAGUAAACCCUUCCCGAGCACUUCCAAAGAAAAGGACGAUGAGGAGGGUCCCAAAAGACAGAAAAAAGAACUAGCUAAACGACCGCACAAACAUGCACCAACGGAGGUGUCAUCUAAGCGACCGGUCACUCGGCGUAGGACGGUUGUGGAAGAUAAUACCCCAAAACCAAGAGACCCUCGCUUUCUGCACGUAACUGGUAAAUACGACGAAGAAAAAUUUCGAAAACAAUACUCCUUCCUUUCCGCACUACAUACCGACGAGCUCAAGACUCUCCGGGAGAAUUACAAUACUGCACGCAAGCUCCUAGCAAACUCACCUCGCGACCUACGCCCAGCCCGCGAAGAGGAGGUCAAGCGACUUGAGCUGGCCGUGAAGCGAGCCGAGAGCGCUGUCAACCGGGAUACGAGGGAGAAAGUGGAAACGGAGGCGCUUCAGAAGGUGGCGCAAGCUGAGAAGCAGAAGAGGGAACAGGGUAAAGGGGCCUGGUUCAUGAAACGAUCUGAGAGGAAAGAUUUACUAAACAAAGCUCGCUACGACGCUAUCGCUGCCUCCGGUGGGAGUCAAGCGGUCAAGAAGGCUAUCGAGAAAAAGCAAAAAAAGAUUAGCCAGAAGGAGAAGAAAUCUAGACCAUUUGCCAAAGGCGCGUUCGGUCAGGGUGCAAUUGCUAGUGGGAACACGCCAGGACGUAAACGCUCAGCAGGGUCGGCGGACGCCACGAACAAGGGUAGUACAAAGCGUAGGAGAGUGGCUUGAGGUGGCUCGACGGCUGCUAGACCGUGUACAUACAUACGUACACGUACAAGGGGAACGUGCAUUGCAUUUUAGCUUGAUGGGUAGCACUACCUUAUCAGGUCUGGACCAUGUUAGUCUUGUCGCAGGUAUCUCAAUUCUGACAGAAC